AUGGCUAUGAUGACCAGAUCAGAGGUUGAAAUCCAUUCGACUAGAAAGAGCUGCUGGAUAAUCAUCAAAGACAAUGUCUAUGAUAUUACCGAAUUCAUUGAAAAGCAUCCCGGAGGGGCAAAUAUUCUCUUGACGUAUGCUGGUCGUGAUGCGACCAAGGCGUUCGAGCCUUUUCACGGACCCGAAGUUAUUCAGCAGUAUCUGAGCGCAGAUCGUCACCUUGGUCAGGUUCCCUCGGAGCCUGUAAGCUCAGCUCUAAAUGAGAACACAUUGAUGGUAGUCAACGACGCGCCUAAAUUGUCUUCCAUAAUCAGUCUCUCUGAUUUCGAGUAUGCUGCGUCGAAGAAAAUUCCCGAGAGCUCUUUUGCAUUUCUAAAGUCCGGUGCCGAGGAUGAGCAUGCCUCCAACUGGAACAGAGACAGUUGGAAAGCGAUUCGCUUUCGUCCUCGUGUGUUACGACCGAUUGAAACUAUCGACAUAUCAUGUUCUAUCUUGGGUAGCAACUUCUCCUCACCUUUCUUCAUUUGCCCCGCAGGUGGUGCUAAAUUGCUUAAUUCUAAGGGUGAUAUCUGUCUGACGGAGGCAGCUAGGCGUCAUGGUAUCUUGCACUGGGCCUGCAACAAUGCAGCAGUAUCCCAGCAAGACAUGGCAAAUGCAAGGGCUCCAGAACAGACUUUGUACUGGCAGAUAUAUGCCAUGGCUAAUUUGCAAAUCACCGAGCAGCAGAUAAAGCAAGCAGAGAAAUUGGGAUACAAAGGAUUCGCCCUCACUGUUGAUGCUAUUCGACCUGGAAAACGCGAGCGUGACGUGCGGCUGGGCUCAUCCGAGCCUGGUGGGAGUUUCGCGGAAGACGAUGAGUUUGCCAAAGAGCCAAGUGUCAAGCGACCACCUGUCUGGUCGAGCUUUGAUUGGACGUCAGCUAUCCAGUGGCUUCGAGGCAUCACGGACCUGCCGAUCGCUAUCAAAGGCAUUCAGUGCUGGGAAGAUGCGGAGCUUUGUAUGCGCCACGGAGUUAACCCUUGGCUGUCUAAUCACGGUGGAAGACAAUUAGAUGGAGCACCAUCUUCAGCAGAGACGCUUAUUUCGAUUCGAAAAUACUGCCCCAAGGUUCUGGAAAAAUGUGAAGUCAUUGUGGAUGGUGGUGUCACUCGAGGCUCAGACAUAGUGAAAGCACUUUCGCUGGGUGCCAAAGCUGUAGGAGUUGGCAGACCUUUCUUAUACUCCCUUGUAUUUGGUGAAGCCGGGACGAGCAAAGCUAUUCGAAUCUUGAAGCAUGAGAUGGAGACCACGAUGGCACUGUUGGGUGUGACAUCUCUUGAUCAGCUCAAUCCAUCAUACUCAGAUGUUUGCUAA